AUGGCUGCCAAUACCAGAUAUCAGCCCGCGCCGCAACGGGACUCCCUCGAGGAGCCCGCGUACCCCCAGGCCCCGCCGUCUUAUCAAGCCACCGAAUCGUCGCAGCAGCCGCGCAGCGAGGAUGACAACGUCCCCGAUGACUUCAAGUUUGGCGGCACCGUCGCCGAAGGCACACUGCCGAUCCGCAUGCAGUUCAUCCGCAAAGUCUACGCCAUCCUCACGGUCCAGCUGCUCCUAACGACAGUCAUGAGCUCCCUCUCCUUCUUCAGCGAGGGCUACCGCCACUGGAUCCAGGGCAAUUUUUGGCUGAUGAUGGUGUCCGUGUUUGGCGCACUCGGCUUCAUGCUCGUCACCUACUGGAAGCGCAAGAGCUACCCGGCCAACCUCCUCUUCCUGUCGGCCUUCACGAUCCUGGAGGCCUACUCCAUCAGCGUGGUCGUGUCGUUCUACGACGCCCGCGUCGUCGUCCAGGCCCUCGUCCUCACCCUCGGCAUGUUUGUCGCCCUGACGCUCUUCGCCUGCCAGACCAAGUACGACUUCACCAACUGGAUGCCGUAUCUCUUCGGCGCCCUGUGGUUCCUCAUCCUGUUCGGCUUCGUCGCCGCCUUCAUGCCCCGCAGCAGCACCGUCGAGCUCAUCUACGGCGCAGUCGCAGCGCUAAUCUUCUCUGGGUAUAUUCUCGUCGACACGCAGUUGAUCAUGCGCCACUACCAUGUCGAGGAGGAGAUCGCGGCGUCCAUCUCGCUCUACCUUGACAUUCUGAACUUGUUCUUGGCCAUCCUGCGCAUCCUCAACAACCAGAACAACAACUAA